AUGACACAUCCACCAGCGCCAGUGUCGGCGUCGGCGUCGGCGUCAGCACCGCCGGCGUCUCCGUCGUCCCCGUCGUCCAGCCCUUCCCCAGUCCUACCGGCCAACACGUCCCUGUACGCACGGCAGCUCCUCAGCAACCCGCCGGCGUCACACAGCGCGGCCAUCGAAAGCGCCAUCUCGAAGCUUCAGCUCCUGGCGCACAUUGAAGGCGGCUACUUUGCCGAGACGGACCGGGACGCGCUGCUGGUGCCCAACCCGUUCCAGCACCUGCCGGCGCUGGCGAACCCGACCGCGACCGACGACUCGCCGACCCGCCACGCCAGCACGACCAUCUUCUACCUGCUGGCGCCGCGCAGCCCCGUGGGCUACUUCCACCGCAACCGCGGCCGGACCGUGCACACGCUGCACCGCGGGCGCGGCGUCUACGUUCUGCUGCACAUGGACCGCCGCGACGCGCGCACGGGCAAGGUGCCGGUCGAGACGUUCGUCGUCGGCCACGAUCUCGACAAGGGCGAGAAGCUGCAGUGGAUCGUCGAGGGGGGCAAAUUCAAGGCGAGUUUUUUGAUCCCCGACUCCGACUCCGACACAAACACCCCCGCCACUGAUACGGAUGUGGACGGUCAACCUGGCAGUGCAGCCGGCUUGCUCAUCAGCGAAACCGUCGUGCCGGGCUUCGAGUAUGCCGAUCACGAUUUCUUGACCGCCGAAACCAUGCGUGAUGCUUUGGACCCGGCCCAGCUCCACGAGCUGAAGUGGUUGUUGAAGAGGGACGAGCAGAAACGCUUGGAUGCGCUGUGA